CGGGACGGGCGACUUUCUCCAGGCUUUUUUUUUUUGCAAUAUCCACACCGGCACCACAGGAGUAUAAAAGCAGGAGGAGGAGAAGAAGAAGAAGAAAAAAGAGGGCUGGCCCCGCCGACCCCUCACAAAAGCCCACCCACCCAAGGCUCGGAAAAACCGGCAAGACGCUCGCUCGCCCGGCUGUCAGCCGGUCAACUCAACCCAAGCAAGGAACCCCAAGCAAGAAACCCGCCUCGCGCGCUUUGGCCGAGCCCGGCUUUUGAGGAGGGUCUCCCCGCUUGCUCGUUCGCUCAGCCGGCCAAGGGGGUCGCGUGAGGAGAAGGAGGAGGAGGAGGAGGAGGAAGAAGAAGAGGAAGGUCGUCUUCGGGGAAGCCUAGCCGCCUCCGCGGCUCUCGCUCCUCUCAGCGCCGCGCGUCAGCCCGGAUUUCCGAAAAGUUGCCAAAGAAGCGAGAAAGAGAGAGAGAGAGAGAGAGAGAGAGAGAAAGAGUCAACGAAGAAAGAAACCGAAGAGCUUCGGCUUUUUCCGCUCCGCUUUGCCGCCCCCCCCCCCACCCACUCGCCCACCUCGUGCCGGACCACCUCGGACUCUUCGUUUCGCUUCUGCCGCUCCGAAACAGCCGCCAAGCUGGACGACCGGCGGAAAAUCGACCCCAGGAGGAUGGAGGAUGAAGCUGUGCUGGACAGAGGGGCUUCUUUCCUUAAGCACGUCUGCGACGAUGAGGAAGUAGAAGGUCACCAUACGGUCUAUAUUGGGGUCCAUGUACCUAAGAGUUAUCGGAGAAGAAGGCACCACAGAAGGAGGCCGAAGGAAAGGAAAGAAAAGGAGAAAAUCACUGAAUCAGAUGCGGAAAAUAUUGAUGAGGGCAGCGGGCACAUCCUCAAGCCACUGAUCUCUCCCGCCGCCGAGCGCAUCCGUUUCAUCUUGGGAGAAGAUGAUGACAGCCCCGCCCCGCCACAGCUCUUCACAGAACUGGAUGAACUUCUACCUGUGGAUGGACAAGAGUUUGAAUGGAAGGAAACAGCCAGGUGGAUAAAAUUUGAAGAGAAAGUUGAGCAAGGAGGAGAGAGAUGGAGUAAACCCCACGUUGCCACGUUGUCGCUCCACAGUUUGUUUGAACUGAGGACAUGUAUAGAGAAAGGCUCUAUUUUGCUGGAUCUGGAGGCCUCGACGCUCCCUCAAGUCGUAGAGAUGGUUGUGGACAACCAGAUCGACACCGGCCUGCUAAAGCAAGACAUGAAGGACAAAGUCAUCUACACGCUGCUCAGGAAACAUCGGCACCAGACCAAAAAAUCCAACCUCCGGUCAUUGGCCGACAUUGGAAAGACCGUCUCCAGUGCAACUCGCUACCCACUUGAGAGCUCUGUGCCCUGCCUAGCAACCUGCACCCUGGAUGAUGAAAUCGGAAUCCAACGCAGCCCCAGCGUGGGAUGGCUAAGUAGUCCAGCUUUGACACCCAGAAACUUGACGUCCUCUAGUUUGAACGACAUCUCUGACAAACCUGACAAGGAGCAGCUGAAGAACAAAUUCAUGAAGAAGUUACCUCGGGAUGCUGAGGCCUCCAAUGUGCUGGUUGGAGAAGUCGACUUUUUGGAAAACCCUUUUAUUGCCUUCGUGCGGUUGCAGCAAGCAGUCAUGCUUGGCGCUCUGACAGAGGUCCCCGUACCUACUCGGUUCCUGUUCAUUUUGCUGGGCCCAAAAGGCAAAGCAAAAUCCUACCACGAAAUCGGUCGAUCCAUUGCCACGUUGAUGUCGGAUGAGGUAUUUCACGACAUAGCCUACAAAGCCAAAGACAGGCAGGAUCUGAUCGCUGGGAUUGAUGAAUUCCUGGACGAAGUCAUUGUGCUUCCUCCUGGGGAGUGGGAUCCUGCCAUAAGGAUAGAGCCCCCCAAGUCUCUGCCGUCUUCUGACAAAAGGAAAAACCUGUACGCAGGUAGCGAGAAUGUCCAGAUGAAUGGAGAUACCCCUCACGAGGGAGGAAAUGGAGGAGGGGGUCACGGGGACUGUGAGGAAUUGCAGCGAACUGGCAAAUUUUUUGGGGGUUUAAUCAAAGACAUCAAGAGGAAGGCCCCUUUCUUUGCCAGCGACUUCUACGAUGCCUUCAACAUCCAAGCCCUCUCGGCUAUUCUCUUCAUUUACCUGGCGACGAUAACCAACGCCAUCACUUUUGGAGGCCUGCUGGGUGAUGCGACAGAAAAUAUGCAGGGGGUGUUGGAGAGCUUUUUGGGCACAGCCGUUACAGGAGCUGUUUUUUGUCUAUUUGCCGGCCAGCCACUUACUAUUCUGAGCAGCACCGGUCCCGUUUUGGUCUUCGAACGACUUUUAUUUAACUUUAGCAAAGACAAUGGCUUUGAUUAUCUGGAGUUCCGUCUCUGGAUUGGCUUGUGGUCGGCCUUCCUCUGUUUGAUCUUGGUGGCCACCGAUGCUAGCUUCUUAGUUCAGUACUUCACCCGGUUCACGGAAGAAGGCUUCUCGUCUCUGAUCAGCUUCAUCUUCAUCUAUGAUGCCUUCAAGAAGAUGAUCAAACUCGCCGAUUAUUACCCCAUCAAUUCCCAUUUUAAAGUGAACGAAAUUACGCUUUAUUCCUGUACCUGUGCACCACCAGAUCCAGUGAAUAGUUCGUUGAUCAAUGAGACGGUUGCGUCAACUCUGUCUUGGCUCGAUGAAUUGCACAACGAUACAAUUGAAUGGUCAUCCCUGACCAAGAAGAAAUGCUUGCACUUUGGAGGACAGCUCCUGGGGAAUAAUUGCAGAUAUGUCCCUGACAUCACACUCAUGUCUUGCAUUCUCUUUUUGGGAACCUACACGUGCUCCAUGGCUUUGAAGAAAUUCAAGACCAGUCGUUAUUUCCCAACCACUGCAAGGAAAUUGAUCAGUGAUUUUGCCAUCAUCAUUUCUAUUCUGAUUUUCUGUGGAAUCGAUGCUCUGGUCGGUGUCGAUACACCAAAACUUCUCGUGCCAAGUGAAUUCAAGCCAACAAAUCCAAAUAGAAGCUGGUUUAUCACACCAUUCGGAGGAAACCCGUGGUGGGUAUACUUGGCCGCAGCUAUUCCUGCUCUCCUGGUCACCAUCCUCCUCUUCAUGGACCAGCAAAUCACAGCUGUUAUUGUCAACCGUAAAGAGCACAAGCUGAAGAAAGGUGCUGGAUAUCACCUGGAUCUAUUCUGGGUGGCUGUGUUGAUGAUCAUCUGUUCCUUCAUGGGUCUGCCCUGGUAUGUUGCUGCUACCGUGAUCUCCAUCGCUCACAUUGACAGUUUGAAGAUGGAGACGGAGACCUCGGCACCUGGCGAGCAACCCAAGUUUUUGGGAGUUAGGGAGCAGAGAGUGACUGGAUGUAUCGUCUUCCUUCUGACAGGCAUUUCGGUGUUCAUGGCACCCAUCUUGAAGUUUAUUCCCAUGCCUGUCCUGUAUGGUGUGUUCCUCUACAUGGGUGUUGCAUCCCUCAACGGAGUGCAGUUCAUGGAUCGCCUGAAGCUGCUCCUGAUGCCUCUCAAGCACCAGCCUGACUUCAUCUACCUGCGACAUGUCCCCCUCCGCCGAGUCCACCUCUUCACCUUCCUUCAAGCCUUGUGCUUGGCCCUCCUUUGGAUCUUGAAGUCUACGGUAGCUGCUAUCAUAUUCCCAGUCAUGAUCCUCGCCCUCGUGGCCGUCAGGAAGGGGAUGGAUUAUUUCUUCUCCCAACAUGACCUCAGUUUCCUUGACGACGUCAUUCCAGAAAAGGACAAGAAGAAAAAAGAAGAUGAAAAGAAGAAGAAGAAAAAGAAGGGCAGCGUAGACAGUGACAACGAUGACUCUGAUUGUCCGUUCACGGAAAACGUGCCCAGUAUUAAAAUCCCGAUGGACAUCAUGGAGCAGCAACCUUUCCUCAAUGAUGGGAAGCCUACCGAGAAAGAAAAAUCAACAUUCCUUGAACGCCAUACAUCAUGCUGAUCAAAUUCCUCACUUCCAUUCCUAUAUGCCAAGGCCUACGCAAAAUCCUGACGGAAGUUGUGCCUCAGAUUAGAAUAGCGCUCAUCCCUGAAGACCACGCCUACUUUCGGAAUAGCAAGGGAACAGAACACACUUUCACAACUACUGCGUCUUCAUCUUUUAUUGCGGGAGUCUCCCCCAAAAAAACCUUGCCACUUGAAGACUUUGUGGACUUCAACUCCCAGAAUUCCGGCUGGGGGAAUUCUGGGAGUUGAAGUCCACGAGUCUUGAAAGCAGCCAGGUUUUUGAAGGAGAUCAGCCCUGCUUUUAUGGAACUGGAUUUUCUUUGUCGUCUUCUCUAGUCGAAUGUUCAGUUGCUGUUAUCCAUCUAGGUUAAAAAAAACAAAAACAAACCCAGAUGUAUCCUUCUUCCUUUAGAUUUUAUUCUAUUUCCUCUCUUCCUCGCUUCAACCCAUUUGUGUAUUUUUCGUCGCAAGCCAUUUCUCUUCCCUUUCAUUUCUGACCAAUUUUUUUUUUCUGCCUUUUCAAUAUAUGCGCCUCCUCUGUUUGCAUUUCAGUAGAGGGUGCAAGUAUUAAGGAUAUAUUAUUGCAACGUGAUUUGUUGUCAGCAAAAUGGACUGUUAUUUUUAUUUUUUAGAUGCGAAUCAGUGUUUCCCAUCCUAUCUGUUUCUUUGGGGCAUUUGUCGAUAUUAAGGUUUUGAUUUGAUUUUUUUUUUUUUAAAUCUCUCUCUUUUCUUUCUCUCUAAGUAGAACAACACUGACUUUCAGGCAAACGCCCGGUAAACUCUCGAUUCCUGCAAAAAUGCUGCUAUCUUAACAUGCUCUUAAUGUCACCUCUGCUUUUGUAUUUUGGUGCAAAGCAGUCGAAAAGGUGCAAAUCCACACAGAUGCAUUCUCUUCUUUUCACCAUUAAUGUGUGACGUUUGUAUAACCCGCUCCUAUGCAACUUUCAUUCUGUAACACUGAAAUGGAUUCUUAAGCUGUCGGCUGUGUUGACAAAGUGUUAUCUGUUUUAAAUUAUGGGGGCUUAAUCUGUAACAUUUAUUGUGGGGUGGGGUGGGGUGAGAAUGGUUGAUUUUUAAACAUUUUUUUAAAACUUAGUGUAAAAAAAAAAAAUGACUUUCUUUUUUCCUGCAGCAGGAAAUAUAGUUUUGAGUAGUUCUACCUCUUGUUUCUAGAUUUGGGCUUUUUUCUUUAAAAAAAAAAUAUAAAGAAAAAUAAAGAAAAUGUUUUAAUAAUAGUAGUAGUAGUAAUAAUAAUAAUAAUUGUAUAAUAUAUUAUAUAAUGUGAUUUUUACAAAAAGAACAAAAAAAAAACCACACCAAAAAUACAUGCUCAAGGGUAUAUUAUACCUGUGUUUUUUUUACAAAUUUGGCAACUUUUGAGAGGCAUGGAUUUCGAUUCCCAGAACCCCAUGCAGGCUGGGGAAUUCUGGGACUUGAAGUCCCCGCAUCGAAAAGUGGCCCAAGUUUGCAAAAGAUGGCUAUAUAUUAGCAUCGAACUUAAAAAUCAGCUGUAUCAAUACUUUUUUAAAAAAUCGUGUUUCUUUUCUUUCCAUUUCUUCUUUCCUUUUAACAAUCUAAAUCAGGGGUGUCAAACUUGAUUUCAUUGAGGGCCGCAUCAGGGUUGUGUUUGACCUUGGGGGUGGGCGUGGCCAGGGUGGGCGUGGCCAGCUCGACGUCACUAGUCACUAGCGCUCUGCCAGCGAAAAUGGGCUCUUGAGCUCCGUUUUUCCUGGCAGAGGCACCCUCAGGCCAGUCCUUUGCUGUUUCCAAGGCGACCCUGCGGACCAGAUCUAAGCACUCCCCGCAGGCCGAAUCCGGCCUUGAGUUUGACACCCCUGAUCUAAAUCAAGGAUACUUCUUCAAAAUACUCAAUUUUUUCCCCCCAACUGAUACCUGUUUAAAAGCGAGUGGAACAAUCCGCUGAGCCCCUUUCCUCUUUUCUGCCGUGCCUGUCUUGAUCGCACAGAGAUUUUUACACCCCCCUCCCUGUGCAAACAACUUAGGACACCAGAGUAGGUUGUGCAGCGGUAUCACUAACACAUUGCCUUCAGACGGGAUAGGCUAAUGCAAAAGUGUGGGGGGGGCCGGCCCAGACUUUUUGCCUUGGGUAGGUCUCUGUUGAAAUUCGUCUUUGUGGUUCGUUUUUCAUUUUUGCAAAAUCGCUGUUGCGUGCGAUUGUGUGCACGUUGGGCAGAAAACGGAUUGGAUUCGAAAGUGGGUUUUACGCCUUAAUUACCAACCCUCCCUGGUCUUACUUUAUCCACCUCUGUCGAAAAGUGAGGUAGUCCUUGACUUACGGCUACAAGUGAGCCCCAAAUUUCUGUUGCUAAGUGAGGCAGCUGCUAAGUGAAGUUUGCACUGUUUUACGACUUUCCUUGCCACGGCCGUUAAAGUGAAUCGCUUCAGUCGUUAAGUUAGCAACACGAUCGUUCGUUGAAUCCCGCUCCCCCACUGACUUCGCUGGUCAGAAGAUCGCAAAAGAGGGGAAUCACUUAACCACGGGACACUGCAGCCGUCAUAAAUAUGAGACAGUUGCCAAGUUUUUCUGAAUUUGGAUCAUGUAACCAUGGGGGUGCUGAACGGUCGUAAGUGUGAAAAAACAGUCAUUUCAAUGCCAUUGUAACUUUGAAUGGGCAUUCAACGAACUGUUGUAAGUCAAGGACCACCUUUAUUUUGGCUGGAUUGACGCUCUUUCUCCUAAAUUCUUGAUUUCCAUCUUGACCUAAAAUUAAAAUUGCGUCUAGCUUA